GUAGAAGACGUAGCUAGGCGAGGCAGUGCGUCGCGCGCGAUUGACGCGAGUAAGUUCCGGGUGCGGUGCAUGAAGCAUGAGAAGCAGAACGAAACUUGAUCAUUUCUGAGUAGCAACUGCAUGUACUAGUACAUGAAAUACUAGUGUAUUGAAAGGACUACAGAGGAUUGAUAAGCAGAUCGCAACCCUGCCACAAUGACCAUGGUUCAUUCUCACCUCAUUGGCUGGUUCCUCCUGCAAACUCUCUACUUCUCUUCAGCAGAGAAAGAUAGGUUUCCAAGAUAUCCAACUGUUCUGUACUCUGAAACAGUGAAGUUUGAAGGUUCGUCUGAUGACCAAAUGUGUGGCAGUGGACCGGGAACACAGCCCUACCGUGCCCCACUUGUUUUCAAGGAUGAUUUUUCAGAGCUUUAUGUUGGUGGCCGAAAUGUUUUGGAGAUAGUUGACACAUCCAGCUUCAGCAUGGGUAGAGAACUUCACUUCAGUACAUGUACAAACCCUCCACCUGAGAAUGAUCCGUGUCCCUACGUGAAAAUUAUUCAGCAAAUGAAUGCAAGUUGUCUCUUUGUGUGCACAACUGGGACGCUGCCAGCGUGCUACUUUGUUGACACAACAGAUGAGAAUCUGUCUAAAGCUCCUUCAGACUUCAAUGUUGACUUCGGUGAAGCAGCUCCCGUAGACAGCAACCAGAAUAUUUCAUGGAUGUAUGUGACUGAUGAGUCCAAACUGUUCACCGCCACUGGUAGACGGACCGGCCAGUCUGAAUCUCCUUUCCGUUUGUCCAAUCAGAAUGGCUGUAGUAAUGGAGCUUCUGACAAUCCCAUUAAAUCAGACAGUUCUGAGGCUUGGUUGAACAACGCAGAGUAUGUUGGUGAGCCCUUUUUGCACAAUGGUUACGUCUAUUUCACCUAUCGCGAGUAUUCCUCGGAAGACAUCAAUGCAGCGGGAAGAAUCACUUACUCCAGGAUAGCUAGGGUCUGUCAGAAUGACACUGGAGGGGCACAGUUUACACAAUUGGAAGGGGAGUUCACUACCUUCAAGAAAGCUCGGUUGGAUUGUUCCUUGAAGCAGGCUGACGAUUUGCGGUUUGAAUACAACGAAAUCCAGGGGACUUACAAGUCAGGCAAGACCAUUUUUGCUGUGUUUACAACACCAAGGCCCGAUGUUGCCAGCUCAGCUGUAUGCGUAUACAAUGUGGAUGAGAUCGAAGAGCUUUUUGACCGUGGAGAGCUCAAAGGACAGCCAGGAAAUGGAUUGUUGUGGGCAGCUUUAGAUGAUGCUAACAAAUCUCCCAACUUUGACAAACUAUUCAAUUGCAGUGAACUAUUCGUUCCUUUAUUGGAUCCUGACGUAACUUUUCUUCAAGAUUGGGCAUUAAUGAACCUACCAGUCCCUAAUAAACGCAACUACAUGGAUGAAUCUACCAAUGACUACAAGAGAGACUCUGAUGCGCCAUUGUUUGUGCUGGAUGAUGUACGCUUCUCACAGAUUGUUGUUGAUGAGAAUGUGAACAACAUGGAUGUCAUGUUCCUUGGUACAGAGCGUGGGACAGUCAUCAAGGCCUAUGUUAAUGACUCUGGAGCUUUUCUGGUUGAGGAGGUAGAGUUUAACAUGGAGCUUCCCAUCACGAACAUGGUGAAAGGGGACAACAGCCAGCCAUUCAUCAGCAAUGGUAACUGUAUGUACCGGUACAUGCUGCCAUCGCGCUCCUGUUCAAACAAAACAGCCUGCGAAUGUGAAGAGGACCCUUACUGUGUCUGUGAUGACGGUAAUUGUAUUGCAAGGACAAAUGAAGUGGGCUCACCAGGGACGUGCAACUGUGUACCAGAUCCACCCCCACCCCCUGGCAUCACCAAAGUGAGGCCUGAUGAGCCUCCUAACAAUGUUGACUCGGUGCAUAGAGGCAAGCCAGCCAACUUGAACUUUGCUGCACGUGCCUCGGAAGGUGCCGGACUGAAAGAGAGUGAGGUGGUCUGCACGGGUGAGCAGUCUGCACAGUGUGGAAAAGAGGAAUCUCCAAUGGAGACAACAGUCACCAAAAGUGUCUGCAGUGGGAUGGAAUAUGUGACAGUCAAUGCAGUCAUCAGUAACGUAACAUCCGAGUGCAGCUGCAACGUGAACUUCACCACCAACGGGGAUGAGAAGUUGGCAACUAUAAAGAUAGUCUUUGAUGGUGGGGAUUUGAUUGUUGAGGACCCGUGUGUUCAAGAAGUUACCAAGUAUGACAAGAAAAUCAUUGUCUACAAGUUUGAACUGAACAACUGGAAACAGCAAUGGAGUGCAAAGUGUUUGGAGAACAAUUCUGAUGCUGCUUACUGCAACGAACAGUGUCCUUGAAGGGGAAAAACCUGUCCACCGAAGAGUGAGCUUAGUUUAUUUGCAGUAAGAGAAAUACUCCCAUGGAAUCAGGAAGAUGACAACCUCACUUUUAACAAGAAUGCUCUUUGCUAAAGGAAAUAGAGUUGUGCACAAUGCGUAUUAUGAUUUCAUACUACACAGAAUCUUUACUGAUUACAUGUACAUUAUAUCAAAGGAUGUAUGGCAAGUUGUAUUUGAAGAGCUUUUUAGAUUUAACUGGAGUUAAUACAAUCAAGAUGAUUGUAGAAUAUUUAGUCAAUUUUUAUUUACGUGAUGGAUCCUACAUUGAAGUAUGGAAUAAUUCAACAUGCAAAUGUAAUGGCAUGCCUAUACAGAGUCAUGUUUUUCUUAUUUUUCAUUAAUUGGCUUUUCUGCCAUCAGCGGAAAAGCCAUUGUUUUUGCACUGAUUUUUUUUUCUUUUCUUCUUUUUCUUUUCUUCUUCUUUUUCUUCUCCCUUUUUCUUCUAAAUAUAUCCCAUAGACUUUGUACAUGUUUCAUUUUAGGGGUCAGUGUUGACAAUAACAGACUUCAAUCUGGAUGCAAGUUGGUAUACAUUAAGACCCCAUAAUAAAGUCAUUCAUCGACAAGUGACGUCAUGAUGACGUCAUCGCAUGUCAUGUGACAGUACAGUUGUAUUUUUCAACAGCCUAUGUCUAGAGAACAACAUAGCAGAUUGGGUUGAAACUUUGUAUAUUUACAUUAUAAAAUUGAGACGACGUCAUGAUGACUUCAUCCUUUGAUUUAUUUUCAAUUUUUUUCACCUCAUCUUUAUAUCUCACAAACAAAACAUUCUAUAUUCAAAAUUCUUUUGGGGUUAGGUUUGUUAUUUCAUAGAUAUAUGCACAAAAUUUCGGAAAAUGUGUGACGUCAU